CUCAGCGAAACCCACUGUGUCACACAGACACACACUCGCACGCGCAUACGGCCGUCAGGCGUGUCAGAGAAGCGCUCGAGCCUCUGUGAGUUGAGGGAGAGAGAGAGAGAGAGAGAGAGAGAGAGUGAGUGAGAGAGUGAAGGAAAGCUCGCUCUGUAGUCAGUGUUUUACCGUCGGCGGGAACGGGCCGACCAGUGUGUUAGUUAGUGGAGGUUGUCCGGUUUAGUCUGGUUGUUUUUUGUUUAAAUUUGUUUUCUCGCUUCUAUAUAAUGGGAUUGUGACAGCAGCCGGGCAGCGGGCGCCGCCGGCUCCUCCUGACCGGAAAAUGAAGCGUCUCUGUCGGAGGCUGGCGGUGGCCGUGGCGGUGCUGGUGUGGCUGGGGGCGCUGGUUUACCUGCUGGUGCUGAGCCGGAGGAGGCUGCCGGAGCUCGGUACCGGAGUAGGGGGCGGAGGAGGAGGAGGAGGAGUAGCGGGAGGCGGAGAGACAGCGUCCAACCAGAUCUCUGAUGCCGAGUGGGAGGACAUGCUGGAAGGUUUCGAUGAGCGGGGUUACCUGAGCGCUCGCCGCUGGAAGCCCGGUGACGACCCGUACACGCUGUACGCCUUCAACCAGAGAGAGAGUGAACGCAUCCCCAGCAACCGAGCCCUGAGAGACACACGACACUACAGGUGCACCACUCUUCAUUACGACUCUGAUCUUCCUCCUACGUCCAUCAUCAUCACCUUCCACAACGAGGCCAGAUCCACCCUGCUGCGCACCAUCAGGAGUGUUGUGAACAGAACUCCAGUUCAUCUCAUCCAUGAGAUCAUUCUGGUGGACGACUUCAGCGAUGACGAAAGUGACUGCCAGCUUCUCAUCAAACUGCCCAAAGUCAAAUGCCUUCGCAACAACAAGAGAGAAGGUCUGAUCAGGUCCAGAGUGCGGGGGGCCGAUGCUGCGCGGGCCAGGGUCCUCACCUUCCUGGACAGCCACUGUGAGGUCAACAAGGACUGGCUGCCCCCCCUGCUGCAGAGGAUCAAGAAGGACCCAACCUGUGUGGUCAGCCCGGUCAUCGACAUCAUCAACAUGGACACAUUUUCCUAUGUGGCGGCCUCCGCUGAUCUCCGGGGAGGGUUUGAUUGGAGUCUCCAUUUUAAGUGGGAGCAGCUUUCACCUGAACAGAGAGCGCGUCGGACUGACCCGACCCAGCCAAUCAAGACUCCCAUCAUCGCGGGCGGCCUCUUUGUGAUUGACCGAUCCUGGUUCAACCAUCUCGGCAAAUACGACACUGCCAUGGACAUCUGGGGCGGGGAGAACUUUGAGAUCUCGUUCCGGGUGUGGCAGUGUGGCGGCAGUCUGGAGAUCCUGCCCUGCAGCAGAGUGGGUCAUGUCUUCAGGAAGAAACACCCGUACGUCUUCCCCGACGGGAACGCCAACACCUACAUCAAGAACACACGUCGUACAGCUGAAGUGUGGAUGGAUGACUUCAGUCUCUUUUACUACUCUGCUCGGCCUGCAGCACGGGGGAAAUCCUACGGAGAUAUCCGAGGCAGAGUGGAACUCCGCAAGAAGCUCAAGUGCAAAUCCUUUAAGUGGUACUUGGACAACGUCUACCCUGAGCUCAAGGUCCCAGACGACUCUGACUCUCAGUCCGGGGUGAUCAAACAGCGGCAGAACUGUCUGGAGUCUCGCAGGGUGGAGGGCCAGGAGCUGCCCGUCCUCUCACUGGCUCCCUGCGUAGGAACAGACGGGGUCCCCGCCAUCAGCCAGGAGUGGGUGUACACUCACGGGCAGCAGAUCCGACAGCAGCAGCACUGUCUGUCUCUGUCCACCACCUUCCCUGCCUCCCAGGUCCUGCUGAUGCCCUGCAACAUGGCCGACGGCAAGCAGCGGUGGCAGAAGUCGGGGACUCACUUGGAGCACCUGGUCUCUCGGUUCUGUCUGGACUCGGAGAUGGCUCUGGACGGGAUGGACUCCUCUCGAAUGCUGGUCAUUAGUCCCUGUGAACUGAGUGCGUACACACAGAGAUGGGAAACGCCCUUCUCUUGACCCCUGAGACUCUUCACCUCCACAAACCCGCCC